AUGUCUCCCACCGCAUCACCCGGUAACGGCAUCUUCCCCAAUGGCCCUACUAUGCGCCAACCAUCCCUAUCCUGGCUCUAUAGACUAGAAUGCUCUACCGAAGAGCAUGAACUUGGAGCUCCGCACAGCGGCGAUACUAUUCGCAGUAUUGCAAACAUUUCGCGCGGCAGUCUCAAAGGGCCUGGAAUCCAGGGAGAAAUCCUGCCGUUGGGAGGCGCAGAUUGGGCGACAGUCGUGAAGGGCACACAUUCUAUGACUCUUGAUGCCCGCUACACUGUCCGCACAUCCGAUAACCAUUACCUCUACAUCCGCGCACACGGCUUAUACCGUCCAGGUCCAGGAACAGACUACGCUAGAUCCGUCGAGGAGAAUCCGCAUUUCGUUCCACCUGCAACUGUGACUCAGGAUGAUGUGGAAUUCUUCUCCCAUCUCCGCAUUGAAGCUGGACCGGGUUCUUACAAUUGGUUGAAUGGAUUGGUCUGUCUGGGUGUGAUGUGCUGCCAAGAUGAAAAGAUCUGGAUUGAUGCGUAUCAUUUAACCAAUUUCCCGGGUAUGAAGCCUGAGGAUGUUGUAGCUAGAUAG